CCGCGCGGCCUUGGCGGCGCUGCGCCCGCCGCGGGCAUGCCUCACAGAACUGAGCUGUAUCAGGAUGUUCCAUCAACACGCUGGCCUAUCGUAUAUUCUCCAGACUACAACAUCACCUUCAUGGGACUUGAGAAACUGCAUCCUUUUGAUGCAGGGAAAUGGGGAAAAGUAAUUGAUUUCUUGAAAGAAGAAAAGCUAAUUGUAGAUGACUUGAUUGUACAGGCACAAGAAGCUACUGAAGAAGAUCUCUUGGUUGUUCACACAAGGCGUUAUCUUAAUAAAUUAAAGUGGUCAUUUGUUGUGGCUACAAUUACAGAAAUUCCACCAGUCCUGUUUCUUCCAAAUUUCCUUGUUCAGAGAAAGGUUUUGAAACCUCUUCGAACCCAAACAGGAGGAACGAUAAUGGCAGGAAAACUUGCUAUUGAUAGAGGCUGGGCAAUUAAUGUGGGAGGUGGUUUUCAUCACUGUUCAAGUGACAAAGGUGGAGGAUUUUGUGCAUAUGCUGAUAUUACACUGGCUAUUAAGUUCUUAUUUGAAAGAGUACAAGGAGUGUCUAAAGCCACAAUUAUUGAUCUGGAUGCUCAUCAGGGAAAUGGCCAUGAGAGGGACUUUAUGGAUGAUAACAGGGUAUAUAUUAUGGAUGCAUACAAUAGAUACAUUUACCCAGGGGAUGGAUUUGCYAAACGUGCCAUAAAACGCAAGGUGGAGUUAGAGUGGGGUACAGAGGACACAGAAUAUCUUCAGAAGGUACAAACUCAUGURGAAGGAGCAUUAAAUGAAUUAAAACCUGACAUCAUUGUUUAUAAUGCUGGGACAGAUAUUCUAGAUGGUGAUCCAUUGGGAGGACUUGCUAUUUCGCCUCAGGGAAUUGUGAAACGAGAUGAAAUAGUAUUCAAGGCUGCCAGACGCCGCAGAAUCCCCAUCUUGAUGGUGACGUCUGGGGGCUAUCAGAAGAGGACAGCACGGAUUAUCGCGGAUUCUGUUAUUAACUUGCACAACCUGGGGCUUAUUGACAAGGAUCUAGCAACCAGCGGAGCUGAAAAUCCUAAGGUAGAACAGAUGCUUAGAAAAUGUACUAAAGACUUAACCGGUUUGUCAUUGCAAUGACAAGAUCCUAAAUAUUAGGAAUCAACUUACUGUUUCAGGCAUAGGAGGUCUCUACAUCAUUAACAGGGUUAAUAUAUUUUUUAAAAAAAGGACUUAACUUGCCUUUAAAAUAAUGAAGUAUAUGGUCACAGAAUAACUGUAUUUGUUACCUGAACUGAUCUUGAAGAAAGGCAACCUGUUCUUGUGAACUUAGACUUCCACUGAAGAACACUGUCUUUUCAGUUUAUGACUUUACUGUAGAAAAGUUUUAAUUGCUUCUCCUAUUGUUAUGAAUUUUCUGAUAUGUUUAAAGAGCUAUGUAGUUAUCAAAGGUCUGUCCCUACAUUUUGGAUUGAUUUUGACAGCAGUGGGAGAAAUAUGAACUCAACUUGUAACUUUUUAUUUCAUAGUUAUGUUUUAUUUUUUGAAAAUUGUAAGAAUUCUGUGCAGUUUUCAACUGUUAGCUUAAUGCAGGUUUAUGUGCAAUACUAUGAAAAAUGGUUCAAAUUGUUUUUAAGCCAUAAACAUUUAGAAUGAAAGUUUAUUAAUUUCUAAUUUAUUCCUAUUGUUGAUGGUGAAUUCAAUCCUACUUUAUAAACAACUUCAGAACAGGAAUAUGAAAUUAUGUUGAUAUGCAAAUGUCCCAAAGGGUUCAGCAUUAGCAGUCUGUUUUCUGCAUCUCUGGAAAUGAGGCCUGCAUGUAAAAGACAAUUUCUAUGCACUGAAAAUUGCAUCAUAAUUUUAGAAUUUUGAAGUCUUGUAGAAAAUAAAACUAGGGGAAGUUCAGAGAACCUCUUGUUGUAAUAAGAUGGUACUAACCAGCCUGUCAUGUGUAAAUCAUCAUUAGAGAGUUCAUUUUGAUUUUCUACUAGUUGUAAUCAUAGUUGUAGUCAGUUGAUAAUCAAAUGUUUCAUAUUUAGAAUAAAAAUACUGUGAAAUUACUACAUUAAGCUUACAUGAUAACUAUGUGAGUUUUUAGGAAACACUAUCAUUUGGGAACAAAAUGUGUUCAAAAGAAAAUUGCAUGCAUUAACAGCAAAGUUUAUUUUAUAUUAGAUUGUGGCAUUAGGUCAUAAAUUCACUAAAAUGUAUAUUUUCAGGACCUUUUUAAUUUCUAAGCAUUUACUUUUAGUACAAGUUUCAUGUGCUAAGGUUCCUCCCUUAAAAAGGGACACUAGCAUUUUUCUCAUGGUAGUAGAAUCAGU